AUGUACGAAUUGAAAACAUUAUUGCCGCAAUUCGACAUUAAGCUGCCCACCUGCAUGUACGAACUCAAGAACGUUAGCCUGUCGGCUGACCCUGCCACUUCCAUAUCAUCAGGCGGCUGCAAGGGUCAACUCAGGCUUUUCCAGAGCGCAUCGGAGUUCAGCAGCAGCAUCAAUUCAAGAAAUUCAGUCACAUGUGCUCUUGAUUUGGACAUUUUAGGCCGACAAAUACAACAUCUGCUAAAGCAGGACGAUACGGCAUCGAUAGCAAUGCGCCAAGAGAAAGUUCUCCAGCAACUCGAAGCGCUCAAGGCGCAGUUGGGAAAAAUUCGAGCUGAUCUAGGCGUUUGCGGCAAGACGGUGCAGCACACAACCGCCUACCAGAACGGUGGACUAAAAGAGGUGCCACUCCAAGACAUUGUAAUCAAUGGUCAUCCCAACUUCAUUCCCUACGCACUGUUGGCAUUGAAGAAUGCUUGGAGGGAUCUGUACACGGUGAAUGUGAAGACCUUCACACAUUCGACCAUGGCGGACAUUGGACCGGCAGCUCGUGAAUUUGAGGCAAAGCUGGCCAAGAUUCCAGUGAACAAUGCUCUGCCCAAUAUCAAUGUAACUCUCAUUUGGAAAAACUGCGAGCACACGGAGAUGAUCAGCUCACCCACCAUGUAUGUGCCCAUUUAUGGCGAAGUGAAUGUAAUUCGGUAUUUGGGCCGUGUGGGACCCGUCGAAUAUCGCUACGAGGGCUCUCCGCUCUGCAAUGAGAUCGAUCUCGUCCUCGACAUUUGCUAUCAGCUCUUGCGCUGCAGCACCCACAAAGCUCAAGUAGCCAUGGUGAGGCUACUGGACAAGCGUCUGCAGCAGCAGCAAUAUUUCGGUGGCUCCCAGAUGUCUGUAGCUGAUAUCGGUGUCUAUAGCUCGCUGAUACGUAUUCCAGCCAUUACCGACAAGGAUCUGACGCCGGCGCUUCUGGCAUGGCGGAAACGGGCUAAGCUGGUCACACAAAUAUAAAUUAUCAAAUCGACAAAGCGAAUAAACAACCAUUCUCGGGGCUCUCAAACACGA